AUGGAUAAUAUUCCGAGUGAGGUGGUAUUCUCAACGGGGCCAUUGCCAUCCGAAUCCGUGGUGUUUGAGUAUACCAAUGGUCCCCUCAAGAUAUCUCCACCAAAGAGGAGAGGGCGUCCCGCAGGAUCGAGAAAGAAGAAGCAACACCUUGAGGGGUCCCGGCGUCGCCCCGCCGCCGCUUCCAACUUUAAGUUCGUCAACCUUGGGCCCACGUUGGCCCCAAUCGAUGAAGAAGAGCGCACCACCAUCAGAAGCCACACAAUGAUUAACCGUACUCGUCAGGAUCAGAGGAAAGCCGAGAUUACUCCUGGCGAUACUAGCCUCGAGCUGUCUCGCCUGACCCACAUCCACAUUCCACAUGCAUAUCCGCAGAAGAAUCAGACUGAUCCUUUUGACACGCUGCCUAUUACCAUGGAGCCAUACAUGCUUGAUCUCUUUGCGUUCUACAAAAAUCGUGCAUCGGAAACACUAUACUCAAUCGAAAAGAGAGCUGGGUGCAAUCCAAUAGACGAAUAUUGGGUCCCAAUGCUGUUUCAAGAUCCAGCAAUGCUCCAUGUCGUACUGGCGUGUGGAUCAUUAUUUACAAUGGACUUGCAACGCUUUCGAGCAAGCCCGGCUUUUAUAUGGCAUAUUAGUCGAGCUAUGAGCAUUGUUCGAAAGAGACUCGUAAAUUCAGUGGAUCCGCCUUCGGAUGAAACAAUAGUUGCUGUUGCUAGCAUUGCUAUUGCAAAAAAAGCAGCGGGCCAGCAUGAUCAAUGGGAAGUUGACAUGAGGAUCCUGAAAGCGUUAAUUGACAUGCGAGGAGGUUUGGACGCACUGAACGACAAGCCCAUGGUACAAGGAAAGAUAUACAGGGCCGAUAUCAGUGGAUCCUUAGAUGGUGGACGAAAGCCCAUUUUCAGUGAUCGGUUCCAACAAUCCCCAAUCCCAAAUUCUCACAACUACCAUUUACCACAAGGUUUCCAAGAGCUAGAUCGCCUGCUGCGCAUAGAUAGUGCACUGAAAGCAGUGAUUCAUGAUAUGCAAUCCUUAGUCGAGGAGUUCUCCAGUAUUACAAAGAGCAGCGGCCAAACCGUCGUUGCGAGGAUCCGUUUCUGGCUGACGUCAAUCCAGUAUACACUUCUUUCAAUGCAAUAUGGAGAUGAUUGUCCCAGAACGCAAGCCCAGGAGGUCUGUCGACUUAGCCUCUUAUUACUGUUGAACGCGGUGUUUCAUGAGUCUCCUCCUGGUGCAUCGACUAGCGAUGUACUUAUCUCACAGCUGCGGCGGCUCCUGGAGAAUGCUGAAGUAUUAUACUGGCUUCCGCCCACUUUUCGUCUUUGGACCCUGUACCUUGCUGCUUGCAAUGUUGCAUCUCCCACGAUAAGAGCUUGGUCGAUUGCAGGUAUUGCGGAACUGGUGCUGCAAAUAGGCAUCUCAGAUGAAGAAGAGUUUAGUCAGCAACUCACGUUGUUCCCAUUUGACCCACUUACACUUCAUGCUAUCUGUCCAACCAUAUGGGAUGAUGUACAAUAUUUCGUUCAGAUUCAGACAGCGCUUCCAUAA